UUUGGCUGUCUGUGUGCUUGCAGUUCCGGCACGCUCUGGCCUUUCCCUUCUCCUCUCGUCUCUCCCCCCACCUCGGGCACGCUCCUUUCACGCAGACAGGACAAUUGUUCGAAAGGAGUCGACCUGCCGAUAUUUAACCGCGGGUGGACUGACGGCUGAUCUUGCUGGAGCCGGUGGAUCACGAUAUCUGGUUACAGUGUCGACUUGAAGAUUUCCCGCGCCUGAGCCAAAUAACCACUGCCUCCUUCACGUCUCUCGCUCUGUCUUCUAUAGCUUCCCUCUCCCCCUAGCCCCCUGGAUAUCUGGAAUCAACGUCCCGCCUGCCAUGUCUGACGAGCCUACGAUCCUUCGCCCGCGUCCGCGACGUGUGUUCGAUCUCACGCCUGAAGAGCCCUCUACCCCAGUCGAACCCGCCAACCCAGACCUGCUCGUCCCUAAAGAUGCCGGCUCUACCAGCGUCAGCCGCAAUGCUUCGAUCAUGAACUUGACCUCGUCGACGCUGUACGGUAUUUACUCUCCUACCGCAUUCGACAGUUCUCGUGACGACUCGAGUCCCUGGGGCACGGAAGCCCAUACGCCUCAAUCAGGAAGCCCGAGGAUCCAGUCUGAAGCUCCAGCACCAGGGAAACUUCGGCGGACACGAUCACGGCUUAGCCACGGCCUGUUUCGAGGCGUCAUCCUUCCGCAAGCGCUGAAGAGCGCUUUCCUCUUGGGCUUUGGUGUUGUUUAUGGAGUCAUUACAAUUCACCUGCAUGAAAACCAUUGGAUUACCCCGGUGAAGUUGGAGAAUACACAUUACUACGGAUCAUGGCAGUAUCUUGCUUUCUGGGGUGUGGCCGGCGCCGUUUUGGGCAAUAUUCUUCCUUGGUUCGACCAGUUCUCAGAUGAAAUCAUUGGCAGCCCUAAGCAGGCAAAAGGGUCAAGCGACCCCGAGACUGCAGACCGUACUCUCUCAUGGGUUUCAGUGGUUCGCAGCGUUGGCGCGUUUGUGGGAAUUGCAUUUGCCAUGCGCCGACUUCCCUGGGAAUCUACAACUCAAGCGUCACUUACCCUCGCGCUCGUGAACCCCGUACUCUGGUACCUCAUCGACCGCACACGGACCGGCUUCGUCUUAUCGACCGUUGUUGGAUUGGCCGGCAUGGGAAUAAUAUUGGGACUCAAGCCUGACUUAAUUCCGUCUGCAGAGACUUCGGCUUUUGCAGCAAGCAAAUUCGAUGUCACCGGAUGGGGAUAUGGGCUGGCUGUUGAGAUGUCACAGGAAAGCAUAGCAGUAAGGACUUGGGUUGCCAGCGUUCUUUUCUGCGCAUGUGUAUGCUUUGGAAACAUUGGCCGGCAGCUUGCCAUUGGAGUCCAGCGCGAGUCGCUCAAGUGAAGCGAGAACAGGAUCGUACCCUUUUCAUCCCAUCAUUCAGUUAACACGGGGCAUUUUGUAUACCCUAGCACUCCACUUCUUAUAAUGCAGAAAUCCUCCUUCCUUUGGCCUUGUGCAGUUUCUCAGAGACAAGUCUGUUACUAGAUAGAUGAUCCGUUAGGCCAGAAGCCAUGGCGACGAGAUUAUGGAAAUGACUACGAACUCCGAAUACACGAAGUGACAAUAAUAUUAGUUAGAUAGUUAAGCAGAGAUUGUAGAAUCAAUCAUUGCAGUCCCUUCCACCGAACCUAAGUUCAAGUCAGACACUGCACCCAAGAUCGAUACUCUGCCAGAGGCAGUUUCUCUCCAUUCUGUAUGACGAUUUCCGUACUUCAUCGGCUAUACAGACCCAGUAGGGAAAGAUAUCCUCGCAGGAACGCUUUUUGAAGAAUGUUGAUUUUGCGUUGUUCAUGUGGAAGAAAAGAAAAAAGAAAAUCA